CGUGGAUAUCUCAAAUCCAAAGGAAUUAUCAACUCGGGCAAGACCUAUCACUCUUAACUCUAAAUUUUGAAGAGGCUCUGGAUAAUGUAAUGGCUAGGUAGGCAGGUCCUAAACUUUGUCUUUCAAGGACUAGUGCGUACGUGCAUCCCAUAUUCGGGGAAAGGGGUUCCUUUGAUGCAAACCGACUGAUUUCAAGGCAGGCAUAUCUCUCCCCUUAUUUCUAGUUAUGCACAGCGAUAAAGACGAUGAACCCAGCCUGUAAAACCAUGAUUAUCGAGGAAUCGCAGGUGCCUGCAAAUGGGUUAAGUUCUGCUUGGUUGGCUCAGCGCUUAAAACAAAUUGAGAAAGCCCGAGUGAACGGGAUUGGUGACACGAUUCCACCGCCUCGACUAGUUGUAUGCGGUGACCAACAUUCGGGGAAGAGUUCGGUUCUAGAACGUCUUACCGGAAUCCCAUUCCCCAUAGGAGAUAAUGGAUGUACUGGAUUUCCUAUCGAGAUUGCCCUUCGACACACCAGUGCCCCCCUCCCCCAGCAGAUCACUGCCAGUAUCCUUCCCCACAGCGGGCGACCUCCCGAGUUUCAACAUGCUCUCAGAAAAUACCACAGGCAGCUAUCUGACUUAUCCGAAUUGUCUAAUGUCGUCGAGGAAGUCUCGUCUCUAUUGAGCAUUUCUCUCCCUAUCACAUCCGGUUCCGACAACAUUGUUGCUGCCGAUGUACUACGGAUCGAAUUCAUGGCCUCUGCAGUUUUUGAUAUCACUAUUGUCGACCUUCCUGGCCUUAUAUAUAUCCCUGUUGAUGAAAAGGCUGGAGAUGGAGACCGUAUUAGAAGGGACCUGGUAGAAAGCUAUAUUUCAAACCCACAUACGAUCAUAUUGGCCAUCCUUCAAGCAACAAGUGAUAUCGCCGAUCAGAGAAUCCUACAGCUUGUACGCAAACAUGACCCUGAAUGCCAGCGGACUGCAGGCGUCCUCACGAAGGCCGACCUUGUUAACCCGGGAACUGAGCGCAGGGUCGUGGCUCUGGUAAAGAACCUGGAUAUAACCACGUCAAAUUUUGAACCUUUUCUCCUCAUCCCUUCAUCUGAGCCCGGCUACGAAACUGAUUUCUUCCGCCAAGAUGUCUGGAAAGACGAGCAUCUUAAUCGGAGUCGAAUAGGCGCGGACAAUUUGAAGACAUUCAUCCAAGAGCUUCUGGAAGAACAGAUUGAGCGUGAGCUACCAAAUAUCUGGGACGAGAUUAAAUACAAGCUGAGUGAGGUUGAAGAGGAACUCAGGCUACUCGGAAAUGAGCGGCAGACAGUUAGUCAAAUUCGGUCGUCCCUGUUAGACAUGAGCAUGCGUUUUCAUCAGCUCGCCCAAGCCGCCUACGAUGGUCAAUAUCAGGGAACUGCAACGGAUUUCUUUUCCGACUGUAACAAUAGACUUCGACUACAGGUUCACGUCGCCAAUGAGGAAUUCUCUGCAUAUAUGCGUGAUAACGGAGAAAAGAGAAAGGAAGUCAGAACCCCUGACGAGAGUCCAGGCGUUCGUUUAAUAGCAGAUGAGAUCUAUCCGGAACCGUUAUAUGUGACCACAGAUGAAAUGAUGGAAUGGAUAAAAACGAAAUACUCCGAAAGCCGUGGCCGUGAGCUCUCAGGAAACUAUAGUCAUGUCUCUUUUGCGGAAUUGUUUCAUGAGCAAUCGAGCCGCUGGCCAUCCAUUGCAAAGAACCUCACCCAGAGGGUAGAUCAGAUGGUGGCGACAUGGGUUAGCAAGGCAGUAGCCGAAGUUACUCGCGAGAACCAGCUGCGUCGCCAUAUUACUACACUCUGUCAGAGGGGCCUUGAAGAAACUAGAAAGCUCGCAUAUAAUGAGCUGGAGAAGCUGAUUGAUGAUGAAUCCGGGCAACCGAUUACGUACAACCACAUCUAUACCUAUAGGAUGCAUAAGUUCCGGGAUGAAUCAAGUAAGAAGAUUCUCAGACCCCUCAUAUCGGAUGCCGUUGAAAGUGGAUUGGAUGCUAGCAAAUUCCUAACACCAAGUAAAACCGAACUAAUUGAGAAAGCGAUGAACGGAAUCCAGGACAAGAUGUCGGUGGAUGUAGUUGAACAAGGUCACAAGGACACCAAGAUGGCCCUGGAUUCUUACUACGCGUUGGCAAUGAGGACAUUCGUCGACAAUGUCUGUCGUCAAGUGAUUGAACGUCAUUUUAUGAAGCGACUCCCAAGCAUCUUCUGCCCUCGGAUAGUUGCUGAACUAAGUGACGAAGACCUCCUACGGAUCGGCUGCGAAUCACGAAAGCAACAAAACAGACGGGCUCAACUUGAGUCAAAAGCACAGAGCCUCCGCGAGAGUCUUGCUGAUAGGUAGAUGUCUCUUGUACGAAUUUAAGGUCGUUGGCAUUGAUUUAAGUGACAGGAGCUGUCUUGUAGGACUCUUACUAGCUGACUUGUAACCUGCAGCAAUUCAUAAGCAAAAAAGGGGUCUAUAAUUUUAGUUUGUUCGCUGCUUUCCUAAUUCUGAUGAUUAUGUGUAUGAGAAAUUCGAGUAAGUAGCGUAUCUCAGGCCGCGUAAAAACAGUUUACAAUCACGAUACAUCAAGUUUCACUAAUAAAAUGAGAGCGCGUUAGAUCACAUACGUGAUAUAUAUUCCGAAACUAAGCGAGUGUGAUCAAGGCCAUGACAAAAUUUAAAUCGGAAUAGAAGCAUAUCCAAGCACUCAGCCAUUCCACCAUCGUUUUCUUCAACCAAGCUCCCCAGUUACUUCAGUUCUUCGGGAAAGUCCACAUCAUUCGGUGAUAUCCAUUUAUAGCUUGACACAGUUGAGGGCGCCAACAGCGACCGUGCCCUAUAAUUAGACAAGUUCGUUGUUAGAAAAAGUUUCCAUGAUUCUUCGCUGUUAUAAUUAGGUAGAGGGUUAUACGUACAGAGACUUGGGAGUCACAGCAG